CAAACUCAGCCAAACAAUUUCUGAGCAACGGAAGCACGCAAAGCACGCAAGAGGACGAAACGAAAGGGUGAGAAAAUCAUCGAAUCAGACAGCGAAACAGAGAAACAUGGAGAUGGGUUUAACGUGUGCAGCCUCACCUUCAGGGUCUCUGUGCCUCAACCAUGGCGUUUUACACCCACCGUUCCCUAUUGUAGCCAUUAAGAGGAACAGUUCAGGUCUUAGUAAUAGUAGUGGUAGUGGCAAAAGAAUAAGAAGAAAACCUGUGUCUACAAUUAAGGCUUUGAAUGGCUCGUCUUCGAAGCAGACCUUAUCGAGCAACUGGGACGUUUCCCAAGAUUACUCUGCAAGUUCACCUCCAUGGCGGCCCAGGUUGGAGGAGCUCGACACCGCCAACACGUUGCUCCGCCAGAGAAUUAUAUUCUUGGGGUCGCAGGUGGAUGACAUGACGGCAGAUUUGAUCAUAAGCCAGCUUUUAUUUCUGGAUGCUGAAGACCCAAAGAAAGACAUUAAAUUGUUUAUUAAUUCACCUGGCGGUUCUGUCACUGCUGGAAUGGGAAUAUAUGAUGCAAUGAAAUUGUGUAAGGCAGAUGUUUCAACUGUUUGCCUGGGGCUUGCUGCAUCUAUGGGUGCCUUUAUCCUUGCUUCUGGUACAAAAGGGAAGAGGUUCUGCAUGCCAAAUGCGAGGGUGAUGAUCCAUCAACCACUUGGAACUGCUGGGGGCAAAGCAACAGAUAUGGGUAUACGAAUCAGAGAAAUGGUAUAUCACAAGAUUAAGCUGAACAAAAUACUGUCAAGAAUCACAGGGAAGCCUUUAGAGCAGAUUGAAGUGGACACAGACCGUGAUAAUUUCAUGAAUCCUUGGGAAGCUAAGGAAUAUGGACUGGUUGAUGUGGUUAUUGACGAUGGCAAGCCAGGAUUAGUUGCACCCAUCGGAGAUGCAACACCUCCACCCAAGACUCGGGUAUGGGAUCUAUGGAAAGUUGAGGGUAGUAGGAAAGCAAAGAAGAAUCUGCCUUCAGAGCAUAAGAUUUUACAGAAUGGAUAUGGAGCGGGUCAAGGAGGUGAUGGGGAGAUAGGCAGUGAACAAGAGAAGCAAGCACCUACUCCUGUAUGAGAUAUAUUUUGAACUUUUAACUUGUAAUGUUCAUCUCUCAAAGCCGACUGGUUAUUGUUAUUUUAGGCUUGUUUAGUGAUUCCUUAUACUUUGUUUUAGUGCUCAAGGUAUCUUUUAUACGCAACCUAGGCUUGUUUAAUAAUUCUUUUGAAGUUCUCAGGGUGCCUUUUGGGAUAACAGAACGGUGUAUUGGAUGGCUUUUUGGGGCAUUAGUCCUAUUCAUACUUUGAUCCUGAA